UCUGUCCACCCUAAAGCUCGUGAUUGGCUGUCUGAAAAAAGCGGCUGACUGUACCGUGUGAUCUGUCUGAUUGUGCUGUGAUUUCUUUUGCCGAAAAAUGGUUAAAUAAAUUAUACUGUUAUCACUGAUACUCAUUACUCCUCUGUUAAUUCUUUAUCAUGCUGUCCCAGCCGGUCCGUCGGAUCUUGAAUAUAUUAUUGCAUUUGGUUGUGAAUAUACUUGUUGCUGUUCAAAAUGUUUAUUACCAAUUCCGGAACAAAAAGUGCUUUUUAGCUCCAAAUGUGGUAACUAAAAGUGAUAUAAAAGUUGUAUUAGAACAUUUGCCGAGAGUUACCAAGAAGCUCAAGCAUUUGGUGAUACUGACGGACACAGAUCACCAUUCGUUCAGUGACCUGGCUCGCAUGGUUAUAUGGAGCCUCGUAGCUGGAAUAUCUUACGUGAGCUUUUACGAUAUAACAGGAGAAUUAAAAGAAAACGAAGAAAAACUAUUUCUUGAAGUAGAAAGAAAUAAAAAAGGUGUGCCAGGUUGCAUAAAAUGGGGCAGAAAGCCGGACUUAAAUGGUUACACAAAUGGCAUGCAAGCCCACACUGUGUACAUAAAUAUUUUUGAUAGUAAAGAUGGUAAACCAUACAUAGCGCAAUGUAUUCGCCAGAUAGCCGAAGAUAGACUUAUAUGUAAUAGAGAAUCAGAUGAGUAUUCAGCACAAGAAUUAAAUGAUGCUCUAAUGUUAAAAUACCCUUCCAUUCCUGAUCCAGAAUUAGUUUUAUAUACUGGUCCAUUAUGUCGUACCCAUGGUUUACUGCCAUGGCAAAUAAGACUAUCAGAAUUUAUACAACUUUCAUUAGACCAUAGUGUAAGUAUUGAUAAUUUCAUAGGAGCAUUGUUCAGAUACAAUAAAUGUGAUCAAAGAUUUGGUAAGUGAGGUUGGGUUAGCGACAGUGAUAGGCCUAAGUUUAAUUUAAUACUGUUAUGCCAUUGUUGGACAACAUCUUGAGUGUAUGUAUGUGUAUAUAGGUGCUUUAAAUAAUAACAUCAUUUUCAUUCAUGGAAGAUAUUUUAGUCUUUUUACAUUAAAUGCAUACAUAUUCUUAUCUUUAGCCUGGCCUAUGUGAUCAUAUAAAUAUAUUGUCAUCAUUAUAAAUUGGUAUAUUACAAAAUCUAUGAUGUCUUUUGGAUUGUAUAGAUUUUAAUUUUUAUAUAAAAAUUAGAUGUACUACAUUACAAACAGUGAGCAAUAACUAGAUUGAUUGAAAGUGAAAUAUUUAUAAUUUUAAAUAAACAUUAUUUAAAUUUGAUCA